AAGACAGCAAUUUUCGCCAGUCCAUCUUCUAAUAAUAUCCGUUUCUUUUCUUCUGAUACUGCACCAAUGGAUUUUGAAGAGAAUAAGUCGAAGUCGGUGCUUAAGAACUUCCCGGUCUUUAGCAUCUUUCAAGAUUGGAAGAAUAAGAUUCUGCCGGUGAAAGAAGUUUCUAGUGAUGAUGGUGUAGAAAAGAUCAUGACUACUUCUGCCAUUGAUUUGGCCCUCAACUCGGUGGUGAAGGUGUUCACCGUCUCUAGCAAGCAUAGACUUUUUCAACCUUGGCAGAUUAGUAUUCAGAGUGAAUCCACCGGCUCUGGUUUUGUAAUCUCAGGAAAGAGGAUUCUUACGAAUGCUCAUGUAGUGGCUGAUCAAACAUCUGUUAAAGUCCGAAAGCAUGGUUCACCCAGAAAGUACAAAGCAAAAGUUCGAGCAAUCGGGCAUGAAUGUGAUUUGGCCAUCUUGGAUAUCGAUAGCGAAGAGUUUUGGGAGGGAAUGAACCCCUUGGAACUCAGGGACAUACCCUCCCUGCAAGAAAAGGUCUACGUUGUUGGCUAUCCAAAAGGUGGUGAUACCAUAUCCGUUACGAAAGGUGUUGUGUCAAGAGUUGAACUCUUAGAAUACAGUCACAGCGCCACUGAACUACUGGCAAUACAAAUAGAUGCAGCUAUAAAUGAUGGAAAUAGUGGUGGUCCGGUAAUCAUGGGCAACAAAGUGGCUGGUGUAGCAUUUGAAAGUCUAUGUUGUUCCGAUAGUAUAGGCUACAUAAUUCCCACUCCGGUCAUUAGGCAUUUUUUAGAUGCUGUUGAAGAAAGUAGUCAACAUGUUAGUUUCUGCUCAAUAAAUCUAUCAUAUCAGAAUAUGGAGAAUGAUCAACUCCGUAACCAUUUCAAAAUGAGCGACGACAUGACAGGGAUUCUUGUAAAAAACAUAGACCCGCUUUCGGAUGCUCACAAAGUUCUGAAAAAAAAUGAUGUCAUUCUCGCGAUUGAUGGUGUUCCUAUAGGAAAUGAUAGUACAGGUGCCACCGCUAGUUCCAAUGCAUCAAUUUGACAAGCCUCCAAGUUAUUAUAUAUUCGGGGGUCUUGUUUUUGUACCUCUAACUCAACCAUACAUUGAUCGUUCUUGUAUUUGCGAAUGUUGUGUUGAAAAGAUGCCUACAAAAGACGGUGAACAAAUUGUAAUAAUUUCUCAGGUUCGUA